GGGACUCGAGAACGAACGGAGAGGAUAAAAUAAAUCGGCACCACCAUUCUGCUGUCUUUGGCCUUCGCAUGGCGAUUCUGCAAAUCCGGUCGGGUUUACCCACUCCAACGUUCCGUCUGUCCGGGCCACGCGCCGCCUUCAAGCCGCCACUGCUCCUCCACCUUCCUGCACAGCAUCCGUCACUUCUGUUGGCUGGCGGUGGACGUCGGAAGAAGACGGAGAGAGGGUGGACGGUGGUGAGGCGCGCAGGGCCGAGCACCAGCAGUUACAUUUUCGCUCUAGCGUUACCCCUCAGUCUUCUGGUCUUCACCGUCUUCACUUCCAUCCGAAUUGCGGAUAAGCUGGACAGCGACUACUUGGAGGAGCUAAUUGAGGUUUCCGGGUGGGUGGUGUUAUCUGGGCAGCUCGAACUCAAUCAGGCCAUCAUGGAAGCACAAGGCAUUGAAUACGAAGAAGAUAAUGAAGAUGAAGAUGUUGAUGGGGCUGACAUUGCUACAGGGCAGGAGGAAUUGCAGCUGCCUGUCCCUGCCUUUGGUGGCAGCAGUCGAACUCGCACUCGCAACCGGCCAAAACGCGAGGUCUGA